AUGGCGGAACCGCUGUCUGUCAAAGACAAAAAAGAUAGAAACUUGGCGAAUAUCAAGCGUCUAGCCAGAAUACUGCCCGGAUAUGAUCAACUUCUCAAAAUUCCUGACACCACUGUCUUGAUUGACCGCAUCGACAUCUUGGAAGAUGGAAGCGUACGCGCAACUGGACAAGUGAGCUGGAACUCGAUAUUGUAUGAUACGGACAUGGACGCUUGGUUGACUGCAAAUCUAUUCUCGGUUGCCACGCGAUAUAUCCUUGUGGAAGACUUGAGUUUGAGAGCCUGCCAUACCUUGGGAGCGGCCUUCGAUCUCGACCCCCAGUUUUUCAUCGACCAUCUGAAUAAUCAGGUCUCUGGCCAGGAUGUACCGCGGAAGCCUAAAAGCUCCAAGUGGAACACCUGGAGGCUGUCAAGGCCGUACCUGUCGUUUCGCUGGUUCAGGCCAGUGGCCCGCGCGCAAGGAAGCACCGCCCAGGAGCGCAGAAGGGCCGAAGAGAGGUACUCCCAAGUUGUGCCCAAGCUAGUGAGGGUUUCAGGAAGUGAAGUCCGUGAUGGGUACCGUGUCGAAACUGUUCGCCCCAUUUCAAACAUCCUCCGCUCCGAAUGGGAUUUGUCGCUCGUGUCGACCUUGGCGAAGACCUCGGACAUGGUCGCUGCCAUUGAAGAGAGAGCCUCAAUAUAUCAAACUGAAGCUAACGGCCACAAGAUUGUCAUCAUGUUACUGGACGCAACUCCAAUGAUCGACAGCGCGCAAUGGACAGUGACCACUCUUGAUCCUCCAGAAGAGCCUUUGAUCGCCCCACAGUAUGCAAAGACACGUUACUCGGAUUUAUACGAAUGCUUAGUCCCUCGUGUUCCCCCGGAAGUUACCAGCAGUGAGGAGGUUUCAAGGCUCAAUAAUCCUGCACUCCGGGAAAUCUACGCAAAGCUUCUCCCGACAGCAACAUGCUUGCACCAUGCGACUUGUGAGAGUGGCCUGCCCCCUGUUCCUGCUUCUCCACUGCAGUACCUUUUCCAGAUAGUCAUAUCUGAUACAUUGGGUCUUAUCGAUCUUCUUCACGACAUCCAAAGUAAGAUUGUUGAAGCAGCAAUGUCACAAGAGGCAGAACUUGAAGAUAUUCUUUCUCUACGGACGUUUAUUGCAGGGCUCCACUCGCAGCUACCUAUUUUGAGCAUGGAGUUAGGGCAGGCUUUGAAGGAUCUGUUACAGCAAUGUGAAUUGGCGGGCCCUCACCACACCAGCAUCGGCCAAGUAAGCAACUCGUUUGAUGAGAUCUUGCAAGGCUCUAAAGAUACCCUCAACUCCAUCUCAGGAGCCUUGCAGUUUAUCGAGAGCCACCGGGCUAUCCUUGAGGCCGAGAGCAUCUCGCGUUUGACGGAGCUUGCUUUUCUCUUUAUUCCAUUAUCGUUCGCCGCGUCUUUAUUUUCGAUGCAAAUCCAGGAGCUGUCGAAUCCAGCACCCAUCGGCAACUUCAUUGCUUUUGCCCUCACCCUCAGCAUAACGACGUAUGCUCUGCGAAUCUUUGCUCGCAGUUCAUGGAUACAUCACCGCAAGCUGUCGAUCAUGACCGCCAUCAGAAAAGGACGGUCAAUACCACCCGGGGCUCCAGUAUCCAAUAUCGCCGUGCUUGUUUGGCUCCUAGUUCAAGUAAAGCAGACUGUCCGUUUGAGCUAUUCCUGGGUUCGACCAGUAACGAGAUCAAUAUCCCAACGACUGGGCCCUGCAGUCAUGCUGCUAAUGGUCCUCCCAUGCUUCCUGGCUCCCCCGCUAGCGGUGCUGUGGACGCGCCAACUCGACAGUGGCCUGAAGAUUGGACUGACUUUUGUUUUUAUCUUAUUCGUCUUUUCUGGGUUUGGGCUUGUCAUCCUAGCCGCCUCGGAUACCCGUGAACAGGUUGCAGGAUGGAUUCCUGCUCAUUGGCUAGCACGAGCAAGGCGGGCUGCUCGGGAAAGAGCUGGCCGGGAAAGCGAAACAGAACGAUUACAAGCGGAGCUGUCAGAAUAA